AGGAAGCAAAGCGGUGCCACAUAAAUGGGGUCCCUCUGAAACACCAACCUCGACCUCUGUUCCAAGCCCAAAGCUGAAGGCCCCUGGAAAAGGCGAAGGAAGGGGUCCGGCAGGUAUCUUGGCUUUGCAGAAUUUUGGGUAACACCUGCUAGAGAGGUCUUGGUCCUGAGAGAGAUGGUGGAGGAGAAGGAGUAGCCUUGAUCCUGUGGGCAGCAUUAUCAGACACCAGUUCAACGAUGGAUGCACCAAAUUCAGCUUGUCCCGAAGCAGCCUUUCAAGCUGGCACUAGGGAAGUAUGGGAAAGGACCAUACAGAAAUUCCUGUGUAAUGACCCUGCUAAUUUAGACAUACAGCAUCAGAGCUUCAGGGAGUUUACCUAUAGGGAGGUUGAGGGGCCCCGAGAGCUUUGCAGCCGACUCCACUAUCUCUGCCGUCAGUGGUUGAAUCCAACAAAAAAGACUAAAAAUCAGAUGCUGGAUCUGGUGGUCCUGGAGCAGUUCCUCACCAUCCUGCCCCGAGAGAUGGCAAACUGGGUCAGGGAAUGUGGAACGGAAACCUGUUCUCAGGCGGUGGCCCUGGCAGAAGGUUACAUGCUGAGUAAGAAAGAAGAGAAGAAGCAGGAAGAGCGCCAGAUCCAAAAGCUCCCUGUGGAAGUUCAGUAUGAUUUCUCUGCUGCAAGGAAGACUCCAUCAGACUCCAGACAGAGUCCCCAGCAUAGGGAAAUAAAACAGGAGAGUGAUGUCACCUUGCAAGGGACUGGAACAAUGCUGGCAACAAUCACUCAGUCAUCUCUUUUUCUUGGUAAUGGAGUAGAACUGGAUCAGGUCCCAGUGACCUUUGAGGAGGUGGCUUUGUCUUUCUCUGAGGAGGAGUGGGCCCUGCUGGAUCCUGACCAGAGAGCCCUUCACAGGGACAUCAUGGAAGAAACCCAUGGGAUUGUGUCCACUCUUGCAGGUAACUGGAGGGGGGGAAAUGAAUAUGCCAAACAUGGAAAUUCUUUUAGACACAAAUUGGAGCCUGCCAUAAACCAGCAAGCCCACACAGAAGAAAAAUGUUAUGUCAGAGAGGGGCUCUGCAGAGACGCCAUUUGUGAGAAACCUUUCACCCAAAAGAUGACACUUAUGCUUCCAAAGAAGGUCCACCCUGGAAAUAAACACUUUACAUGUGAACUCUCUGAGGAAGGUUUUGAUUGCAGAGUGGACUGUGAGAGCUACAAGGAGAUCCACGCCAGAGAGAAACCACACAAAUGCCAGGAAUGUGGGAAAUGUUUUUCUCACAAUUCACACCUUGUGCUGCAUGAGAGAGUCCACACAGGCGAGAAACCAUACACAUGCCAGCAGUGUGGGAAAUGUUUUUCUCACAAUUCACACCUUGUUCUACACGAGAGAGUUCAUACAGGAGAGAAACCGUACAAAUGCAAGGAGUGUGGGAAAUGUUUUGUUUCCAGUUCAGAUCUUGUGAGGCACAAGAGAGUCCACACAGGUGAGAAACCUUACAAAUGCCAGGAGUGUGGGAAAUGUUUUGUUUUCAGCUCAGGUCUAGUAAGGCAUCUGAGGGUCCACAGAGGAGAGAAACCAUACAAAUGCCAGGAGUGUGAUAAAUGUUUUGUUUCCAGGUCAGAUCUUGUUAGGCACCUUAGAGUCCACACAGGAGAAAAGCCGUACAAAUGCCAAGAGUGUGGAAAACACUUUGCUUCCAAGUCAGAGGUUUUGAAGCACUUGAGAGUCCACACAGGAGAGAAACCAUUCAAAUGUCUGGAGUGUGGAAAAUGUUUUGCUUUUAAGUCAGAACUAGUGACACAUCUAAGAAUCCACACAGGAGAGAGACCAUACAAAUGCCAAGAGUGUGAAAAAUGUUUUACUUCCAGGUCAAAAGUUGUGAGGCACCAGAAGAUCCACAUGGGAGAGAAACCAUACAAACUCCAGGAGUGUGGGAAAUUCUUUGCUGCCAAAUCAGAACUUGCAAACCACCAAAGCAUCCAGACAGAAGAAAGGCCAUACAAAUACCAGCAGUGUAGAAACUGUUUUUUUGUCCAAAUCAGACCUUCAGAAAAACCAGAGAGUUCACACAGGAGAGAAGUGAUAGAAAUAGCAGAAGUGUAGAAUAUGUUAUACUCAAAAUUCGUCUGGUCCACCAGAUAGUCUAAACAAGACAGAAAACAUACAAAUGUCUCUCCUAUAGGGGAAAAAGACUCAGAAUGUGUGUCUUCCACCAGAGAGUCCACAUAGGAGUGAAUGUUAAAAAGCCAACUGUGAGGGAGAUGGUUUGUUUUCCAGUCAGACCAUGCCACAGACUAGCGUCCUCUCAGGAGUCACAGAAUUAUAGACUUGGUACAGAUCUCAAGGAUGAUCUAACAACAGUGCAGGAAUCCCUGAGAGGUAGUCAUCUAACCUAUAGUUGGAAACCUCCAGCAAGGUUCCAAAGCAAUCUGUUCUGCUUUUGAAUAGCUUUUAUUAAAUUCUUCCUAAAGCCAGCAUGGUGUGAUGGUUUGUGUACUCAGGUAUGAUCCUGGAGGCCAAGGUUCAAAUCCAGGCUCAGCCAUAAAUUAGAAACAACUUGGAGGGACAGGGCAACCAUGUUUUGUUGGAAUUUCCUUUCCUGUUACUUCAGUCCAGUGGUUCAGAUCUUAUCCUUUAGAGAAGGGGGGGAAGCUUACUCCCAUCUUCCACAUAACACUUUUUCAGAUAUUAAAUGAUGGUUAUAUUACUGAGAGCCAGUGUGGUGUAAUGAUUUGACCACUGGACUACAGCUGUGCAGACCAUGAUUUGAUUUCCUGGUCUGGUUAGUGUGGGAUCGGCUGGUGGAAUUCAACUGGUUAGCGUAGGUUCGGAUGUAACGGUUGAUGCAAUAAAGAGGUUGCAAUAAUGAUGGAAGACAAUUGUCUUCCCUGGAUGCCUGUUUCUUCCACAGAUGAUUUGGGAUAUCCUAAUAUUGUGUAAGAUGUAUGACACAUUACCUGCAAUGCAGAGUAACUUAUAAUUAAUUUGUCUAGAUAAUGAGUAGUUUCUUCCUGAGGGCAGUUUAUAUGAUCAAGUUUGGGAUUCCAAUGAACUCCUAUAAAUCGCCACCAAAUUCAUUGUCAGUCUUAAACAUUUUUUUAAAAAGUCAAUUUGAUACAUGAAGAAAGGAAAAUAAGUCCUUACUGGGUCUAGUUGGUCUUUGACAUAUAAAGAGCAUCCAUUAGGGUUUGUGUAAAUACAGUCAGCCCUUCUUAUCCACCAAUUUUUUUUUCAUGGAUUCAAGCAUCUCUGGCUUGAAAAUAUUUCUUUUAAAGUAUAAAUUCCAAAUAGCAACUCUUGAUUUUCCAUUUUAUAUAAGGGACACCAUUUUGGUAGGCCAUUAUAUUUAAUGGGACUUGAGCAUCCAUGGAUUUUGUUAUCCACUAGGGAUCCUGGAACCAAGAUUAACCAAGGUCAAGAAGGACUCAUUGUAUCAUCACCAGUAUCCCAAAUAUGUGAGCCAGUGUUGUGUAGUGGUUUGAGUGUUGUACUACAACUCUGGAGACCAGGGUUCAGUUGCCAGCUCAGCCAUGAAACCCACUGGGUGACCUUGGGCAAGUCACAUUCUCUCAGCCUUAGAGGAUGACAAUGGCAAACCUCUGAACAGAUUUUGCCAAGGAAACUCCAGGGUUCCCCCAUAGGGUUGCCAUAAGUCAAUAAUGACUUGAAGGCGUACAACAACAAAAUCAUCAAGCAGCAGGGGUCAGGAACCUGAGACAAAAAGUAUGACUAUACCUUUAGAUAUUCUAGCACUGAUAUUACAGUAGAAUGUCUGAAGGACAAAAUGGGAAUAAAUCACUCUUACUGGCACCAUCUUGUACAUUAGUAAUAAUAAAAAUGGUAAAAAAAAUCACAAACAUUAAA